AUGGCUUCCCUGGCGACAGUAAAUGCGGAAUUUUGCUUCAAUCUGUUCCGAGAGAUGGACAACAACCAGGGCAGCGGGAACGUGUUCUUCUCCUCCCUGAGCAUCUUCACCGCCCUGGCCAUGGUCCGCCUGGGUGCGCGAGGGGACGGCGCUGCCCAGAUGGAUAAGAUACUCCACAUCAACACCGUCCAGGGACAUGGAAACUCCCCUAACACUCAGCCAGGAGUCCAAUCUCAACUGAAAAAUGUUCUCUCCAAUAUAAACGCAUAUCACAAGGAUUACGAUCUCAGCAUGGCCAAUGGUCUCUUUAUAGAAAAAGUGCAUGACUUUCAUGAGGACUAUAUGAGGUGUGCUGAAAAAUUAUACAAUGCCAAAGUGGAACGAGUUGACUUUACAAAUGCUGUAGAAGACACCAGAUACAGAAUUAACAAAUGGGUUGCAAAUGAGACACAUGGCAAGAUCACGAACAUCAUUAGUGAAGGUAGCCUCAGCUCCUCCGCGGUCAUGGUGCUGGUGAACGCCGUGUACUUCAAAGGCAAGUGGGAGUCGGCCUUCACCAAGAGCGACACUGUACACUGCCGCUUCAGAUCCCCCAAGUGUCCCGGGAAAGCAGUGGCCAUGAUGUAUCAAGAACGGAUGUUCAAUCUGUCUGUCGUUCAGGACCCGUACAUGCAGGUUCUGGAACUCAGGUAUCAGGGCGGCAUAAGCAUGUACAUACUGCUGCCUAAGAAUGAAAACCUCUUGCAGAUUGAAAACCAACUGACCUUUGAGAAUCUAAUGAAAUGGACCAACCCAAGGAAAAUGAGCCGCCAGUACGUCAAGGUCUUUCUUCCUCAGUUCAAGAUAGAGAAGAAUUAUGAAAUCAAACGCUACUUACAAGCCCUGGGGCUGAAAGAUAUCUUUGAUGAAUCUAGAGCUGAUUUCUCUGGCAUAGCUUCAGGAGGUCGUCUGUAUUUGUCUAAACUGAUGCACAAGUCGUACAUAGAGGUUAACGAGGACGGUACAGAGGCAGCUGCUAUCUCAGAAAAUAACAUUGUAGAAAAGCUACUCCCUAUGUCUACAGUGUUCAGGGCUGAUCACCCAUUCUUAUUUGUCAUCAGGAAGAAUGACAUCAUCUUGUUUAGUGGCAAAGUCUCUUGCCCUUGA